GGCGCCGGCAUGGCGGCCGUGGUGGCGGCUAUCGGGCGGGCAUGCACCUCUGGUGCCUUCAGAGUGGCGUGGAGAGGGUUUGGUUCUGGGCCACUGGGAGGGAGUUGCUGUUCCUAUUCCAGCCUGGCCUGGUCUUUCCAAGCACGGUGUUCCAUCUCUGGCCCCUGGACUGGGACAGUUGAGCAGCACAGAGGCAGCAGCUUCUUCAACAGAUUGACAGCUGAUGAGCUCUGGAAAGGAGCUUUGGCAGAGACUGGCGUGGGAGUAAGGAAAGGAAGAGGGAAGAGAAGGAAGAAGAAGCUCAGGAAGAAUCUCAACAGAGGCCAGGAGAUUGGUGAAGGGCGUUCUGGUUUCCUCUGGCCUGGCCUUAAUGCUCCUGUGGUGCAGGAUGGGAAAGUGCAGGCAGUUACCCAGAGGGAAAAAGAAGAAAGGGAGAGGAUUCAGUCUGAAAUUGUUCAGCAGAGAGAUACCUGGGAGAAGAAAAGGAAGAUCAAAAUUAAGAGAGAAGGAGGCUGGAGUGGGAAGUGUUGGGGAGGUGUCCUUCUGGACCCUCCUGACCCAGGUCCCAAUGGAGAGACCUAUGAAGGCUUUGAAACAAGAGUCAUUGAGGUGAAGAGUGUGUUCUGCAUGAAGGCAAAGGAAGGCAGAAAGAAGUCCAUCCGUGCCUUGGUGGCUGUGGGGAACGGGAAAGGGGCUGCAGGGUUUGCCCUGGGCAAAGCAGGGGACAGGAUGAACGCUCUGCGGAAGGCAAAGAACAAAGCCAUACACUGCUUACAUUUCAUAGAGCUGUACCAGAACCACACCAUUUACCAUGACAUCAGAGUGAGGUUUAAGAGCACAACCAUCCGCAUGAGGAAGCAGAACAAAGGGUAUGGUCUUCACUGCCACAGAGCUAUCAUCACCCUCUGCAAACUGAUUGGCAUUCAGGACAUGUAUGCCAGGGUGACUGGGUCCAAGAACCUGAUCAACAUCACCAGGGCUCUCUUUAAGGGCUUGACACAACAGGAGACUCACCAGCAGCUGGCCAACCAGAAGAGGCUGUACAUGGUGGAGUUCCGUGAGGAGCAGGGCCCGCUGCCCCUCGUGGCGGCCGUGCCCCAGGGCCCUGCCCGCGCCGAGCCUGAGCCGCAGGACGAGCUGCCAGACACCCAGCUGGAGUGGAGCGAGGUGAAGGAGGCUCAGGGCAUGAAGAAAUCUCCCUGGGCCAAGGUCAGACGGACAGUCUGGUGACAGCCCCAGCC